AGAUUGAAAAUGGCGGCACCUUCCUUCAUUAUAUUACUUACACUCUCUCACCCCAUUUCACCACCAUCAAUCUCCGAAUCUCUCUCCUGGUUUCGUGGGUCUAAAGAUUAUUAAACAAUGGCAGACCAGGAGAACAACUAUGGUGUUAGAGUUACUCGCCAGGCGAAGAAGAGGGCCAUGGAGGCGAUUGGAUCUCAGUUUCAACCGGCGAACAAAAAGAGGGUCGUGUUGGGUGAGAUAUCGAGUAAUGCGGCUUCAUUGGAGAAUCCGAAGGUGGGAUCUGAUCUUGUUCAGAAGACAAAAUGUGGAUCGAAGAAGGUGAAGAAAGCUGUGAAAGCAGUGAUAGCAGCGGCUAAAAAGCAUGAACUUGCUGCCGAGAAGACGGACGACCCAUUGAUUGACCCUCAGAUGUGCGAAGCUUACGUCUCAGAUAUCUACGAGUAUCUUCAUAACAUGGAGAUGGAAGCAAGAAGAAGACCACUUGUUGAUUACAUUGAGAAAGUACAAAAAGAUGUUACUGUGAAUAUGCGAGGUGUAUUGGUAGAUUGGUUAGUAGAAGUUGCAGAAGAAUACAAGCUUCUUCCAGACACUUUGUAUCUCACCAUCUCCUACAUCGAUAGAUAUCUAUCAGUAAAUGUUCUCAACAGACAAAGACUUCAACUUCUUGGUGUUUCUUCAAUGCUCAUUGCAUCAAAAUACGAAGAAAUCAGCCCUCCACACACAGAGGAUUUCUGUUACAUCACAGAUAACACGUACACGAAGCAAGAAGUCGUGAAGAUGGAAGCCGAUGUGCUAAAAACCCUAAAAUUCGAAAUGGGAAACCCCACAGUUAAAACAUUUCUCAGGCGAUUCACUAGGAUUGCUCAAGAAGAUUACGAUUCGCCCAAUUUGCAAUUAGAGUUCUUGAGCUAUUAUCUAGCAGAAUUAAGCUUACUAGACUAUGGUUGCCUCAAGUUUUUGCCUUCCAUGGUGGCUGCAUCAGUUACAUUUCUUUCAAGAUUCAUGCUCAAACCGAAUUCACACCCAUGGAAUUUAACUUUGGAACAGCUCUCUGGAUAUACACCCUCUGAUUUGAAAGAAUGUGUUACAAUAUUACAUGAAUUACAAUCAAGUAGAAGAUGUGGAAAUUUGGUAGCUAUUAGAGAAAAAUACAAGCAACAUAAGUUCAAAUGCGUGGGUGAAUUGUUGUCUCCUUUGGUGAUUCCAUCUUCCUUCUUUAAUAGCAUCAAAGAACGAUAGUUUUGAUGAAGAUUCAGAUUUGAUAUAGAAGUUUUGAUGGAAGCUGCAGCUUUGACCCAUAACUUUGAGUGGUUUGACUAGAUUGAUGCUUUGAGGGUCUUGAUUGAUGUUCCUAAUGGAAGCUUUGGAUAUGACUGUAAUUGUUCUUCUAGAUACUGGAUUUUGGAUAAAGAAAGAAAUGUUGAUUGGUUGUUUAAAUGAAAGAGAUAUGUGGUAAUGGUGUUUUUGGAAAGGUUGGGAUGCUAUUAAUAGCAACAUGUAAUAAAACAGAAACUUACAUUCAUAUUACAAAAACCUUCCAUUA